GUCCUAAAUGCAGGUAUUUUUAGAAGUGUUGAUUUCUACUAUUUACAAAAUUUCACGUUACUGCAAUGUUUUCUAUUCAUAACUGCCUGCAAAAUAAAUAAUAACAAAAAAUAAUGUCACAUUUAAUGUUGAGAAGAAAUGUAAGAACAGCCUUUUACAGUAUGACAAUGUAAUUUUGAUUAUUUUGUCUUUAGUUGGCUUUUAGAUUAUGCUUAGACACCCACGGUACAUGUUUCCUCAACUUGUCCACGAGGAGGAAAACAUUUCAGAAGUGGCCUCAAAUCCUCGCUCGCUCCAGGUCGAGCAUUAGUCCAGCCGAGGGUACAGGUCAGAUGUCAGGGAUUGAUUUGUGAAGAGGAGGCGGUAAUUCUGUUGGCCGCGGCACUCACAGGAUGAUGAUGACGGUAAUUGGCUAAGGAUUGGUUGGAUUGAGUGGGACGGGGCGGGACAUUGGUAAUCCAAUAGACGGACUCACUGAGCGUAUUUAUGGAACAAAGCAAAUCUGUCUGCAAAAGCAAAGGCGUGAGUGAUAAACAGAGUGUGUUUAAGAAUCGCUAUUAAUGUCAAUAAAGUCUUACCAACGCCCCCCAUUUUUACGCUUGGUCAGUCAACAGUCAAGACAAUAAAGAUAAUACGCGCUGACGAAAAACUAAACAGGCUUGACAUAAAUGUGUCGAGAAGUGAUUUUGAUGUGCACGAUCACUGUGACCCUCCCUGUAGGAUAAAGGCUGUCAACAAAACACACACAGGCCACAUACAAAGAAGGACUCAGAGGACUACGACUGAGUUAAAAAUGAAGGUUGCAAAUGAAGUCAAAGUAACAAGUGUGUCUAUUAGUGUGCAUCAGGGUGUAAAAUAGGACCCUUUCGGUGCACCAGGCAUCAUUUGAGGAGGGAAAAGUCAAAGGCUAAAAAGAAGAGGAAUUUGGCAGCGCUCCAACUAAAUCAGAAUUUGGGAAGGUAAGAAUAGAGGGACAACACUUCUAAACAGUCAGUCCAGUAAAAGAAGCUGAAAAGAGGGCAACAUCACAGCUCAGGCAGGACAGCAUGGAGGUCAGGGGAAAGACGGCAGUUAAGGUGAUGUGAUGGGGCGUCAGUGGGAUUGAAGGUAAAAGGUGGGCAGCAGGAGAGGGAGUUAAACUGCCUGGACAGAUGGCAGUCUGAAAUUAGAUGGCGGUGGUCACCUAAACCUCUUGAAAGUUCACCACUGAAAUAGCAGAUGUGCUCCUGGAGAGGCUAAAGUUAGCUCUGGGGAAAAAAACAACAACAGAGUUUCCUUGAAAAUGUUUAUCUGAUCGGCCAGUUAAUGAAAGCAACCUUGACGUUUUAUAUCAUUCCGUUUACUUUCAAAUUAAUCUUACUUCAUGAAGUGGGUUUAACCACAAGGACACAGUGAAAAGCAUGAAUCUCUGUUGACUGAUCAGAGUUGAGUUAUUAAGGAAGUGAGACCUUUAACGUGUUUGAUGCACUACAACAAGAUACAACUCUCACGGCUAUAAAUUCUCACUGUUUAUAAGUCAUGCAACAGAGUAGUGAACUGAGCCCUGGAGAUCCUUCUAGACGUCCUGAUAGAGAAAAUUAGGAUUCAGGGGCUCAUUUUAGUCACGAGCUCAGCCACCCUAAAUCCCGUAUUAACAGAAUUAUCCUAGUCGUCCAUGGUAGGAGUGCGUUUCCCCCCCUGCCCUUCUUAUCCCUCACUGUCUUACUGCUCAGACGGACACACUCAAUACUCCAGCCAUCAUCUGCCCGUGCCACACACAGGAGACGUCAAGCCAGCAGUAAACGAAGCAGCUCAGGUGGCACAGGAGAAGAAGAAACUCACUUGCCGGUGAGUUUUGUCAGAGAGACACGUUGCUAAGACACUGAAAGCAACCACAAUGGGAAAUACCACCAGCAGCGCAAUAUCAAAGGAGAUCCUGGAGGACCUGAAGCUCACCACCAAAUUCACCGAAACUGAAAUCAGCCAGUGGUACGAGAACUUCCAGAAGCAGUGCCCGACGGGACGCAUCACACCAGAGGAGUUCGAGCAGAUCUACAGCCGCUUCUUCCCCGAGAGCGACGCCAAGAGCUACGCACGGCAUGUGUUCCGCUCCUUCGACACCAACGACGACGGCACCUUGGACUUCAAGGAGUACAUCAUUGCGCUGCACAUGACCUCCACCGGGAAGACGACCCGCAAACUGGAGUGGGCCUUCUCGCUGUUUGACGUGGACAAAAAUGGAUACAUCAACAAGACAGAAGUGACGGAGAUCUGCCAGGCCAUAUUUAAGCUGAUCCCCAAGGAGGAGCAGUGCAAGCUACCACAGGAUGAGAACACACCCGAGAAGAGAGCCGACAAGCUGUGGUCCUACUUCGAAAAGAAAGACAACGAGCGACUGGCCGAGGGCGAGUUCAUCAAGGGAGUGAUUGAAAAUGAGAAUGCAAUGCGUCUUAUCCACUACGAACCAAUCAAGCAGUAACUCGGUCCUAUUUUCAGCAACCCCCCCUCACCUUCUUUUCUCUCGGUAGAUUCUUUCCUCCCCUCAUCCUCUCUGUGUAAAUACUGUUACUCCUCUGUGUCUUGCUCGCACCAACUUUUCAGUUUAUGUCAUGUGAUUGUUUCACCUAUGUUUGUCAAAGCAUUCAUCAAAUAGAGGAUAAAAGAGGCCAGUUGCAGCAAGAAACACAUACCGCUAAACAGAAGAAGCUUCAUGGUGACUUUGUUGAUGCAAUACAUAAUAUACAAUUAAAAUAUAUAUAUAUACAUAUGAAGGAAGUGUUUGAUAAAUAUGUUCCUGUUGAAAUGGUUCAAAUUGAUUUUUGGCUCCUGAAAAAUGUACGUUAUUAAUUAAAUUAUAAUAUAGUACGAUACUUGAUUGUUAGCUCUUUUUUUUUACAGAAUGGGAAAUGUCUUAAAGGGGUCCUAGCUCUCAAGUGUAUUA